CUCUGUUUUUCUCUCCUCUCUGUCUCCUCUUUUCUCCAUCUCUCAGAGCAGAUACGGUGUAGGAGAUCGAGGUGUUAGGCUGUACGGCGCUUUACCCCUGAGGCCUAACCCUGAGGAGAAAAGACUGCCCUCUUCAGGGUUUGAUGGUGACAACAUGUACAUGAGUGAGAACAACCAAGAGUUCCUCUCCCCGAGUCAGCAGAAUUACUCAGGACAGGGAGGGGGCAGUGGGAACGGAGGAGGAGGGGGAGACGAGGACUACGAGAUCCCUCCUAUAACCCCACCGAAUCACCCCGAGCCGCCGCUGCUGCACCUGAUGGACCCCGAGUCCGGCUACCUGUGUCACUCCAUCCCUCACAACGGCCUGAUCAACCCGUACUCGUACCCCGAGCUGCCCGCCCUCAUGAUGUCCAACAUGCUCGCCCAGGACGGACACCUGCUAUCCAGCCACAUGCCCUCGAUCACAGGAGAGAAGCGACCCUCCUCUGACAUGAUGAAGCCCAAGCCCAAACCUCAGAAGAAGAAGAAGAAGAAGGACCCCAAUGAGCCGCAGAAGCCUGUCUCAGCCUACGCACUCUUCUUCAGGGACACUCAAGCCGCCAUCAAGGGCCAGAACCCCAACGCCACCUUCGGAGACGUCUCCAAGAUCGUGGCCUCCAUGUGGGACAGUCUGGGAGAGGAACAGAAACAAGCAUACAAACGGAAAACAGAAGCAGCAAAGAAGGAGUACCUGAAGGCCCUGGCAGCGUACCGAGCCAGCCUGGUUUCCAAGACCUACAGUGAUCCGGUGGAGAGCAAAAGCGCCCAGUCUAGUCAGCCGUCGUCACACAUGAUGGGCCCCAAUGCCCCCCUGUACAGCGUCCCACCCCAGCCCUCCUCCCCGUACCUGGGCCCCAGCCCCUUCCCCCUCUCGGACCUCCAGAGCUACGCGGUGGGGGCUCCCAGACACGGCCUGCCCCGUUCUGCCAUGCUGCCCGCGCUCAGUGCCUCCCCCCCAGCGUCCUUCCAGAUCAGCCCUCCCCUCCACCAGCAGCUCUCUCUGCACCAGGGCUCCCUCCUCAACCAGCCAAUCCGCAUGCAGCAAGUCCAGUCGCAGCCAAUCAUCUCUCACCAGAUGGGCCUCCAGGCUCCGCUGCACUCCCCACCCCCAGGACAGCAGGGAUUCUCUCACUUACAGUCCGAGUAUCAGAAGAGCGUGGGGGGGUCUCAGUCUCCAGGAGCUCCGAACCCAGGGGGCCAGAACCCCGACUGGGACAGCGAGUACUGCAACCGGGAAUGCGGCGGAAACCACUGCAGUGGCAGUAUGAUAGGCAGGGAUAAGCCACUCUACCUCACUUGAAGCAAAACAAGGAGAAUGGAAAGAGAAAAGAUGAAACAACACCAGGGAGUCCCCCGCACCUCUCCACCCUUCCCAGACAUCAUCAGUUUCCCUCAGUGUCAUUUUUCAUUUGUUUUUAGCAGGAUGUGUGUGUGUACGCGCUCUGAAGACUACUAGUGAUCCUUUCAUUUUUACCAAGCACUUAAAAAUGUACAGGCCUCUCCGCCAGAGAUCUCAGAGAGCACUCACCCCAUCUCUGAAUAAACUUAAACGAAAAUGACAAAAAAAAUAUGUAU